AUGAUCGAUAAUAAUUUAUGAAAUUGAGUGCUGCCUGGCUCUCAAUGCUUCUCUUGACUAUGCAUCGUGAAACGCAGCUCUGCGCAAACUGGAGAUGCUAAAGGUGUGGGAAAAAAUGUGGUUAAUGACUUACAGCUUGGUAAUGACUUAUAGCUAAUGACUUACAACUUGCAAGCCUAAACCAUCAAGUUGGUUAAUCGGUUGACCCAGAUAAUCGGGUUAAUUUACGCCCCGCUUCAGCUAACCAUGGCUUAGCGUGCAGAGGCCAGGCAGCCUGGAAGCCCGAGGUUUUCCUUUGCCGUUCAAAAUCCGGCCACCUUUUUGCUGGAAACUGAUCUGGGCGUAACGAGGGGAAGGGCACGUACGUCUUGCCUUCCUCGCCGCCCACACUUGCCCCCCGAGAGAACCCCCUUCGUUGACCCGCGGAGGAGGCUUCGUCUCCGACUGCCGCCAGAGGGCCCUGGGUGGCGCCCGGGAAGAAGCCCGGCUUUCCGUCUCUCUCUCGUUCCGCGGCUCGGGGUGUCACGCGUUGAGCUUCCUGGGUGACUCGGAGGCAGCAGAGGCGCCGUGGACCCGGCCAGGAGAACCGCCCCGCCGCGGCUCCUCCCCGCCAGCCGCCGGGAAACCUUCCUCGCAGCCGGCUUGGCCCGGCCCAGGUGGGGACCUGUCGCGGAUCUGUGCAGGCAGCGCUUCCGGGAUGCGAAGGGUGACUCCCGCCUGCAGCGCUGCGCUGAUCCCCUGUGCCUGGCUGACAAGUGAUGUAAGGACGGGGCGAAGAGGGAGCUGCGCCCGCUAUUAAACAUCUAAACAGCCCCCGCAGCCUCGGUCAUCCGGUCCUUUUUGGACGUGCACAGCGUCAAAGCUACCCUCCGUCAAUGCCAAUUAGAGCAGUAGCUUCAUCAGGCUGACAGGAGAGGAGGAGUGCGCUGGUGAUGUUACCUCGUUUGGUAAUGAGACGUCUGCAAGAAAACCACCAAGCUCAGAGGAGGAAGAGUGUGCAAGCUUUGGAGUUCUACAGAGCCCUUUGGCUGGAUUCUGCCCGAUAAAGUGUUCUGCAGAAUUCAAAAGCCUGCAAAUUGCUCCUGAAGGUUGAGUUGAUCAGUAAAAGAUACUGUUCCUAUUCCUCCCCCCUCAAAUUAUAUUUUUCAAUUUUUUUUAGCCUCAGUUUGAAGCCUUGACUUUUAGCCUUCCUUCUGUUCCGUGUUAAUUGAGGUACAGAAUUGACUUUGUCUGAGUUUUAUUGUCUCCUGGUUUUGGAAGCAGAGGUAGUCCUCGACUUACAACUAUUCGUUUAGCGACCAUUUGAAGCGACCACAGCACUGAAGAAGUGACUUGCAACCAGUCCUCAUACUUGCAACUGUUGCAGCAUUCCCACAAUCACUUGGUCAAAAUUCAGGCAGUUGGCAACCAGCGUGCAUUUAUGACUGUUGCAGAAUCUUGGGAGAGGAGGAUCACGUGGUCAUCAUUUGCAGCCUUCUUAGCUGGCUUUUAACAAGCAAAGUCAAUGGGGGGGGGGAGAUGAACUUGUUUAACAACUGCAUGAUUCCCUUAACAACUGGAGUGAUUCGCUUAACGACUGUGGCCCAAAAACAUUGCAGAAUUGGGCUCGACUCACUUAACAACCAAUUUGCUUAAUCGAAAUUGUGGUCUCAGUUGUGGUUGUAAGUCAAGAACUACCUGCAGCCUGAAAAGAUGAAUUCUAGAACGAAUUUGAUGCAGGGAGGGCUGUUGUUCCAGAUGCCCUGUGGCCUCCAAGGUGGAACGGCCUCCUUGUAUUGGAGACUUCUCGACCAGAGGGACAUGCAAGAGAACUACGAGACUCUUAUCUCUCUGGGUAAGGAUCAAUUUCUCUGGGUUAAUAUGUAAAGCUAAGGAACAGCUCUACAGCAGAGGCCCCCAACCUUUUGGGCACGGUUCUGUGGAGAAAGAUUUUUCUGCGGACCAGAGGGGGUGAGGUUCCACGUGCUGCCUGCAUCCAGCGGAUGGGGCUUCACUGAUCUGCGCGGACCGAUUGCUGGUAUGCCGUGGCUCGGUGCCAGUCCACGGGCCGGGGGAUCCCUGUUCUACAGGAUCAAACCCCAAAUCCAGAGAGCCUGACUUGCUGUCCUCAAUUGCUUCUGGAAAACUCACAAGCAAGAAAUCACGGUGUUGUUUUUCUCCAUCAUUUGGUGUUUGGAAGAAGAGAUGGCAAUCACCCUGCCCCGAAUCACUGCACUAGCUGAGCCCCACCGGAGAGGGUUGCCGUCAGCAGGAUUUCCACUUUCUAAAUCUGAUCUGCUCUCCUGGAUGGAUCGAGAAGAUUCAUGGAUUCCAGAACUUCAGGCAUGUGAGGAAAGGACAAUACCAACUCAGAUAAAUCCAGGGGAAGGACUGAGAGGAAGGAAUGAACCUGUUCCUCCGGAAGUAAUUCCUAGCAAAACAAAUCUACAAAAGGGAGAUGUCCUAGAGAGGAAUCCAAUGGAGGCCGAGAACCAACCAUCAGGGUCUGAGCCGAGGGGCUCCCUAACCGAAGGAAAGGAGCAGCAAGACAAACCCCUCCCACAGACCAUGGUUGCUUCCGAUUCUCAGGUGUCCCUUAGAAAACCACCAGCACAUGGCAAGAACCACCAAUGCACAGAGUGUGGCAAAAGCUUCAGCCAGAAGUCCAAUCUUCUCCGGCACAGGAAGCUGCAUCUGGACAAAAGACCCCACAAGUGUGACCAGUGUGAUAAAAGUUUCUCUGAGGCUGAGGCCCUGGCCAUGCACCAGAAAGGCCACGCAAAUGACAAACCGUACAAGUGUGAGGAAUGUGGGAAAAGCUUCAGCUGGACCUCGCACCUGGAACGGCACCGGCGGAUCCACACUGGAGAGAAACCCUUCCAAUGCAAGGAGUGUGGGAAGGCCUUCAGUGUUGGAUCACACCUGGAGAGGCAUCGGCGUAUCCACACCGGGGAGAAGCCGUAUCAGUGCAAAGAGUGUGGGAAGAGUUUCAGUGUUAGCUCCACCCUGGUCCAGCACCAGAGGAUUCACGCCAACGACAAGCCCUACCAGUGUGAGGACUGUGGGAAGGGCUUUGCACUUGGGGCCAACUUGGUGGCUCACCAGAGAAAACAUCUGGGACAGAAGCCCUACGAGUGCCCCGAUUGCGGGAAAAGUUUCAGCUUCACCUCUCACCUAGAGAGACACCAGCGGAUCCACACGGGAGAGAGGCCUUACGAAUGCCCCGACUGUGGGAAGCGUUUCAGCCGCAGUUCUCACCUUUACAGGCACCAGAGAAUCCACACAGGGGAGAAGCCACACCAGUGUACAGAUUGUGGCAAAAGCUACUACCUCAGUGCAGCCACCCUCCACCACUUCCAGGAAUCUCCAGCCAGGAGCAGGGACCCCACCAAAUGCACCGAAUGUAACCGGAAGAGGGUGGUCCUGCAGCCUCCUCCACUUCCUCCCUCCCUGCCAAUGUCUACUGAGAAGCCCUUUAAAUGCUCCGACUGCGGGAAAGGAUUUGGCCAGAGUUCGUCCCUGGUGAAGCACCAGCGGAUCCACACUGGAGAGAAGCCAUAUCAGUGUCUGGAGUGUGGGAAGAACUUCAGCUGGUGCUCGGCCCUGAUCAAGCACAAGCGGACCCACACAGGAGAGAGGCCCUUUCAGUGUGGAGACUGUGGGAAAACAUUCAGCAUCAGCUCCCAUUUGGAAAGGCACCAGUGUGUGCAUGCUCCCGACCGGCCCCACAAGUGUGCCGAAUGUGGGAAAACCUACAGGGAACUGGCCUCCUUAGUCAAGCACCAGAAAUCUCACGUGCCUGGGAGCAAGCGUUAUCGGUGCCCUGACUGUGGGAAAAGUUUCAGCUGGAGCUCCCACCUGGAAAGACACCAGCGGAUCCACACGGGGGAGAAGCCCUACCAGUGUAGUGACUGUGGGAAGUGCUUCAGCGUCAGUUCCCACCUGGACCGCCACCGGAGAAUCCACACAGGAGAGAAACCCUACCACUGCGGUGAAUGUGGGAAGAGCUUCAGCGUCAGCUCCACGCUCUUGCAGCACCAACGGACACACUCGAGUGGAAAGCCUCACAAGUGCAAGGAGUGUGGGAAGCGAUUUGUGGCCGGGGCACAACUGCUCACGCACCAGCGGGCUCACCGGGGCGAGAAACCCUACGACUGCACCGUCUGCGGAAAGAGCUUUGGCUUCGUCUCCCACCUGGAGCGGCACCUGAGGGUCCACACGGGCGAGAAGCCCUACCCGUGCUCCGAGUGUGGGAAGUGUUUCAGCCGCAGCUCGCACCGCAACCGCCAUCAGCACACUCAUGCGGCAGAGGGGCUCCCCAAAGGACAACCUGAAGGCCAGAAGGACACCUCUGUUUCAACCGAGACUAAGCACCCCAAAGAGCUGCUUCCUGUUGUUCCUGACCCUCCUCUUUCUCUCAUGCCCUCCUGGUGGAACGAGGGGGACAGGAAUCGCAUCCCCACAGCUGCUUCCACUUGGCCUGAGGCCCCACCGCCUUUCCAGGGCUUCAUCCCCAAUGCUGUCUCAGCUGGAGGACUGCGGAGCUGGGGUGGGAAGGGAUUUUUACCUCCAGAUCCAUGGAGGUCAGGGGAAAACAGCUGUAGAUGGGCAUCCCCUUACCCGCAAGAGGGAUGGCCGCCACCUCCCCCAACAUCCUAGCAGCUCAAGACAAUUUUGUGGGGUGGAUGGGCUGGAAGAAGCAAUGAUCUUCCCUCCUCACUCGACAAAUUGGGCAGAGUGCUAAUUUUGUCCCAUGGGAGCCAAGGAUUGCUAGUCUGUACUGGUUGGAAUGGAAACCUACAUGUAGUUGCUAUCCUAAAAGAGAAUUUAUGUUUAUAUUUAUGUUCUUCUGAGGGAGGUUUACACGGGCCUGGAGCUUUUGAUAUGAGGCAUCCUCAAGAGUUGCAAUAAUCCCUGGAUCUUCUCCCUUCUGAAGUGGUAGAAUACUGUUGUUAGAGUCUUUGGUGCUCUCUGAACUUAGUCCUUGCUUAUGGACCUUUCCUAACUCAACCAGAUAACUUCAUCGAUGAUAGUUGGACAGUGAAAGGUCUGCAAACAAACAUCACCUGUGAUGUUACCUAUGUUUUUUUUAACCUAGUUGGGUAAUGAAAUGUCUGCAAGCAAACACCCAAGCUCGGAGAACACCAAGAACUCCACAAUUCAAUCCAGAGCUACAGAUAGGCCCUUCUGUUGAGAGAGUACUGCUGCUUUUACUGAUGAUUUGAACUGGCUUAUUACCAUAAUUUGGUGGGGGAAAGUUUAAGGCAGCAGCCAGCUGACAAAAGCUAUAAGCUCCUUCUUUACCUAAAGAAUAUGAUUAAGGGGAAGCAUACCAGAAAUAGGGAGCUGGUGCUGUACAUGAGGACCCAUUUAUUUACAGGCAAGAUGUCUCAGCUACCUUGUUAAGGCAUCCAAAGUUUACCUGGCGUUGCACCACAAUCUGAAGAAGCUGCAGAAAACACACCUGAAGCAUUUAGCCUGCCUCAAGUUGGAGAGCUUUGAGACUCAGUAUCCUCUUUCUGGUAGCAUCUUAUUGCAAGGCAAGGAAGGAAAUCUGAAACCAGAUUCCUCUUCUGCAUGGCAGCAUUUGUGCUGCAUGCAGAUUGUCCCAAAGUUGAUCUCUAGGUGGGGAGAUCCCAAGUUGCCGCUGAGAAUCAACUCAAGCCGGCUAUACUGACAAGUCCCUAUCAAUCCUGACUGAUUACUAUGCUGGCUGAGGCUCGGGGAGGUUUGGCCUAAGACAAAGGUACCGAGCUUGGACAAGAUAAUUUAUUCUAGAUCAAUAAGGGGAGCCCAUAAUGAUGUUUCAAAUCCCAUAAAGUAUUGCUAUCAUCAAGAAUGAUGGAAAAUGGUGCUUGCAAGGUAGUCCAAGCAGGAAGCAUGCCUGAAUGAACUGAUUCCACUUUAUUGUAAGGUUACAUUAAUGCAGACAUGUCAAACACAAGGCCCGGGGGCCAGAUGCGGCCCACGAAGUGGUUUCAUGUGGCCUGCGAAGUCAUCCUGGAAACAGUGAGGGAAU